UGAGAGGAGCGCAGUCGGUGCCGCGGGGCGCGCUCGGCUCUGCGGCUCCAGCUCCCGCGAAGCCUGUUGCUGCCUUCUCCCGGCCGCCGCUUCCCGCCAGGUGCCCAGGGGCCGGCGGCCCGAGGGGUGCGGCGCGCGGGCAGCCCCCCGCCCUCUUGCUCUCCACGCACACAGGUGGACCCGAGCGUCUCCGAGAGCGCGGACGCCGGAGAGCCUCCCGGUGUGCCCCGGACCGCGCGCCAAGACCCCGGGCGCCGAGCGGCGAUGAACGCGAGCUUCCUGAACCACAGCGGCCUGGAGGCGGCGGGUGGCUUGGGCGGCGGCGGCGGCGGCGGGGCCGGCGUGGGGAACCGCAGCCACGGGCUGGGCACGUGGCUGGGCUGCUGCCCCGGGGGCGCGCCGCUGUCCGCCAGUGACGGGGUCCCCGCGGGGCUGGCUCCGGAUGAGCGCAGCCUGUGGGUGACGCGCGUGGCGCAGAUUGCCGUGCUUUGCGUGUUGUCGCUCACCGUGGUCUUCGGCGUUUUCUUCCUGGGCUGCAACCUGCUCAUCAAGUCGGAGAGCAUGAUUAACUUUCUGAUGCAGGAGCGCCGGCCUUCCAAGGACGUGGGCGCUGCCAUCCUGGGGCUGUACUGAGCGCCGCCUCGGCCCGCCCUCGGCAGCUUGGCUGGAAGAAGACGGAGAAGGGAGCCCAGGACCCUGGUUCCCCCUCCCCGGGCUCUGCCGCCGCCUCUCGGCGGGCAGCGCGAGGGGCAGCGACGUGCCUCCGGGCGCCCGGGCCCGGGCCACUGCGGGACCUUAGGCGGCGGCGCGGGAAGGGACUUCCACACCCGACUCGGUCCUGCGUGCGGUCCAGCGUUGGGGGAUGGGAGGGUAGCGGAUGGGGCUUCUUAACUGUUACUUUGAAAGGAAGUUCUGGGCCGGGUGGGAGAGGUUGUGGGAUGCACUUGGGGCUGAGGUCACUGGCGUGGGAACUUUGUGUGUAUGUAGGUGGGGUGGAGUGGGAGCGAGUUCCGAGCAGCGUGCGGGGGGGCGCCGCUGUUGACGAAUCCGAGUCACUGAGCUUGUUGGUUUGAUUUCGCAUUUGAGAAGAAAUCUUGCAAUAAAGCUACAGCCGUCGGGCUUCCCGCGGCUUCCGCCCGCACUCCUGUGGGAUGUGUGUGUAUGUUGGGGGGUGUGUUGGCGGGGGUGGGCGGUGUGUAGCCUACUAGCAAGUACUUUAGGCAGGUCAUAGGACGCCGGGCCUCAGGACUGGGCAGCUGUCGGGGCUGAUCACAGGCUC